AUGCUGCGAACGGCUGUUGUUCGAGGCAAUGCUUGCCUUGAACAGGGGUUGCGCGCGGGUGUGCGCCGGCAAUGGACGCCGCAGCGGAUACAGAGGCCAGUGGUUGGGAUAAGGAGAUAUGCCGACUCGAAGCAAGGCACCGUCGCUGGUGUACCGACUGGACCCAUACAGGCCACCGCGACCACGAACCCAGCCACAACCGCAGGAGCAACAACAUCCACCACUCCUGCAGGCACUCUUCCACCUCCCGGCAGCACCACAACUACCUCCCCACCUCCUAAACGUCCCCGGCGCCGCUUCCGCAACUUCCUGUUCUCUCUCGUGGUAUUGUCAGUGCUUGGCUACGCUGGAGGAGUCUACUACAGUCUCGUCAGUGACAACUUCCACGACUUCUUCACUGAGUACGUUCCCUUUGCCGAGGACGCAGUCGCAUACUUCGAAGAGCGCGAGUUUCGGAGACGCUUCCCUUCGUACCGGGAUGGUGGGGCAGGAGGCAAACUGUACCCGCAGCGCACCGGAGAGCAGAAGGUUACUAUUGGAAAGAGCAGUGGGUUAACUGCACGAGUAGCGCCGGAAGACGAGGCAAAAGCAGGCAGUGAUCUGGGUGCGAAGGGCCGGCAUUCGAGUGCCAAGGAGGAGAACAAGGUGAAGGGCCAGGAGAAGGGAACGGGAGGGCCCAAGGAGCAGACACCUAGCACGCAGGCCAAGGUGCCAGAGGCGAAGGCCGCACCGAAGCAGGACGUCUCGAAGGAGGCUGGUGCCGGGGUAACAAAACCUGCUGGCCUGGAUAAGGCUGGUGCUGCGAAAGAUGCAAAGACAGAAGAGAAGAAGGCGUCCACGACACCCGACAUCGAGCCUGUCGAUCGCGUCAACGUGCCCGAUGCCACCGAGCCGGUAGUCCAGGAUCUGGUGGCUUUCAUCAAUCGCCUCAUUACUGUCAUCAACGCCUCAUCUGACGCUGCGAAGUACAAGACCGCGCUUGCUCAGGACGAGAUCAAUAAUCUGAUCAAGACCGUGGCCGGGUUGAAAGAGCGCGCGUCUCAAGAUGCAGAGAAGAAGAUCCAGGACGCACAUGCCGAAUUUGAAGACGCAGCAAAGGAGCUGGUAAAGCGCGUCGAGCGCGAGAUGCAAGACCAAGAAAUGAAGUGGCGCGACGAGUACGAAUCUGAGCGCGAAAAGAUCAGCGCCAGCUACCAACAAAAGCUCUCCCUCGAGCUCGACGCAGCGAAACGCGUCGCUGACCAGAAGACACAAAACUCUCUCGUCGAGCAGGAAAUCGUGCUGCAAAAACACUUCAUGGACAACGUCCGCGCUGCCGUGGAAGCCGAACGUCAAGGCCGGCUCAGCAAACUCGAUGAGCUCUCCUCUUCGGUCUCUGAGCUCAACCAGCUGACUUCCGACUGGAACGAAGUCGUUGACGCCACGCUCCAAACCCAGCACAUGCAAGUCGCGCUCGAAGCCGUGCGCGCUAAAGUCAUGGAGUCCGACCACCCCACACCUUUCCUCAACGAGCUCGUCGCACUGAAAGAGACAUCCAAGUCUUCACCGCUCGUCUCGGCCGCUAUCUCCGCCAUCCCGCCCCUUGCCUACCAACGCGGCAUCCCCACCCCAGCACACCUCAUCGACCGCUUCCGCCGUGUCGCCUCUGAAGUGCGGAAAGCCAGUCUCCUGCCCGAAGACGCUGGGAUAGCAUCGCACGCCGCGUCCGCUGUGCUGAGCAGGUUCAUGUUCAAGAAGGGCAGUGAGCGAGGACUGCCCGAGGGUGAUGACGUUGAAGCGACACUCGCGAGGACGGAAGUGCUGCUCGAAGAGGGAGAUCUGGAUUCUGCGGCGAGGGAGAUGAAUGGGUUGAGAGGGUGGGCGGGAGUGUUGUCGAAGGACUGGGUGGGAGAGGUGAGGAGGGUUCUGGAGGUUCGGAUGGCUGUUGAUGUCAUUGCCACUGAAGCGCGGUUGCAGAGCUUGCUGGUCGAUUGA